AUGUAUAAAUUAAUUUUUUAUUUCAUUAAAAUAAAAAAAAUAAUUAUUUUUAUACAUUUUUUAGAAUUAGAUAGCAUGAAAGAAAGACCUUAAUAGGAAUAAACAAAAAAAGAUUCACUUCAUUUGUCAAAUUAAAUAAAAUAAACGCCAUAAAAAUAGAUAAAUAUAGAAAUUGAAUCAUUAACUCACUCAGACUAAAACUAAUAUAUUUUUUAAUUAGAUUAAUUAGAUGAAAAUUCUAAAAAAUUAAAUUAAAUUAAUUUAUUAGAGUAAAUUAGUCUCAAUUAAGACACAGAUUAUGUUAAAAAUAGCAUCAUUUAGCCUCUCAAAAAUACUUAAUCAAUAAAAGGUUUCUAAAAAAACUAAAAUUUGGUGAUAAAUUAAGAUGAUUUAGAAUUAAUUAAUGUUUAGAAAUAGCUCAAAAUAUAAUAAAAUGAAUAGAAUCCUUUCAACAUUUUUUCAAAAAUUGAACAGCUUUAAGCAGAUAAUGAUGAGAUAAUCACUAUUUCCUAGCAAUUAGAAGCUGAAAAAUAAGACUGA